GUUUUGCUUAGAUCUUAGCAAGCCUCCAGUCUCAUCAUGAGGGAAUGCAUUUCCAUCCACAUCGGGCAGGCUGGCGUGCAGAUGGGCAAUGCCUGCUGGGAGCUGUACUGCCUUGAGCAUGGGAUCCAGGCGGAUGGGACCAUUCCUGGCCCCAAGCAGGUGAAACCUGUGGAGCCGAAGUCUGAACAAGUGGAUUCUUCUUUCGAGACCUUCUUCUGUGAGACAGCGUCUGGGAAGCAUGUGCCCCGGGCAGUAUUCAUAGACUUGGAGCCCACUGUCAUCGAUGAGAUCAGGACUGGGACCUACCAUGCGCUCUUCCACCCAGAGCAGCUCAUCAGUGGCAAGGAAGAUGCUGCCAACAACUAUGCCCGUGGCCACUACACCAUCGGAAAGGAGAUUAUAGACACUGUCCUCAGCAGAAUUCGUAAAAUGGCUGACCAGUGCAGUGGCCUCCAAGGGUUCCUGGUCUUCCACAGCUUUGGGGGAGGCACAGGCUCCGGGUUCACCUCCCUCCUCAUGGAGCGGCUCUCUGUGGAGUACAGCAAGAAGUCCAAGCUGGAGUUCUCCGUGUACCCAGCCCCACAGGUCUCCACAGCAGUGGUGGAGCCCUACAACUCCAUCCUCACCACCCACACCACCCUGGAGCACUCAGACUGCUCCUUCAUGGUGGACAACGAGGCCAUCUAUGACAUCUGCAACCGCAACCUGGACAUCGAGCGUCCCACCUACACUAACCUCAACAGGCUGAUUGGGCAGAUCGUCUCCUCAGUCACUGCCUCCUUGAGAUUUAACGGUGCUUUGAAUGUUGACCUGAUUGAAUUCCAGACCAACUUGGUGCCCUACCCACGCAUACACUUCCCGCUCACCACCUAUGCGCCCAUCAUCUCGGCAGAGAAAGCCUACCACGAGCAGCUGUCGGUGCCGGAGAUCACCAACGCUUGCUUUGAGUUCUCCAACCAGAUGGUGAAAUGCGACCCACGCCGUGGCAAGUACAUGGCAUGCUGCCUGCUGUACCGGGGUGAUGUGGUGCCCAAGGAUGUGAACGCAGCCAUUGCAGCCAUUAAAACACGCCGGUCGAUCCAGUUUGUGGACUGGUGCCCCACAGGCUUCAAGGUGGGUAUCAACUACCAGCCUCCCACAGUGGUGCCCGGGGGAGACCUGGCCAAGGUGCAGCGGGCUGUCUGCAUGCUGAGCAACACCACGGCCAUUGCGGAGGCGUGGGCCCGCCUGGACCACAAGUUUGACCUGAUGUACGCCAAGCGAGCCUUUGUGCACUGGUACGUGGGGGAGGGCAUGGAGGAGGGGGAGUUUUCAGAGGCCAGGGAGGACCUGGCUGCCCUGGAGAAGGAUUAUGAGGAGGUUGGAAGGGACUCUGCAGAUGGAGAAGAUGAGGCUGAUGAGGAUGAGUAUUAACAAACUGCAGUCUGUUCUCAAUGAAUUCAAACCUC